AUGGCAAGUUUGAACCUUGGAGCUGCUGCUUCGUUGAUCAACGAGUCUUCCGGCUCCUCCUUAAAACUACGGAUUGGCUUCAGAAAUAAACGGGUUAGACGAGUUGCAGAGAAAUGGAGGUUUCGUGUUCAGCAAAUGUCAGGAAUGGAACAGAUGACCAAACAUGAGCUAGCUCGAUCUGCUAAAAGAAGCGAGUCUUUGAGACAGAUUCUAAAGCAAUAUGGAAUAUCAGUAGAAAGCCCUGAAAAUAAUAAGACUAGUAGUAGUAGACUUGAUGACGACCUGAACUGUCAAGAGAAGCACGACGAUGCUGUUCCUUCUUCUGUCAUAGAUGACUCUGAGACGAACACAACUGAGGAGUUACUUGAUUUAAGCUGGCAAGAGAAACAUGGUAGCAUCACCGAGGAUCUUUCAGAACUAAAACACCACAACUGUAAAGAGAAGCAUGACGCUGUCAUAGAUGACUCUAAAAUGAACACAACUGUGGAAUUAUCUGAUAAUGUGAGCACCACAGGGGAAGUUUCAGGACAACAUCACCACAGGUUUCCCCAUUUAAAAACAGGUGCUUUGUUCACUUCUUCUCUGCUUCCUGUUCUUGGUUUCUGCAUGUUAUGCAUUAUUGGAACGCUACACGCAGUAAUCUCCAGUAAAACGUCACGAGGUCAUCACGACGAUGGCUCCAAAACAACAAGGUGGGAAACCGCAUUGAUGAGUGAAAGGAACGGCGAGCCCGUUGCUUCUGAUGAACAUGACACGUCGCCAGAAUACACAGUCAGUUCAGCGUAUCAUGAAGCUACUAAUGAAGUGGAUGAAGCAUGUAGCAAAGUAGAGCGUGAGUACAAGAGGAAGAACAAAUGUUGA